AUGGAGGGGGCUUGUUGGGGUUAUUAGAAAUCCCUUGCUCACACGUGUAAUACACUACCUGGCUCGGCAAAGAUGCUCAAGAAGAGGCAGCUGUCGCCAUGUUUCAAAAAGUAACAUGUGGCCAGAUAAGUGCCAGAUCUGGACAACACCGCAGUGUUUCUGAAAUCGUGGGAGGAGAACCUGCAAACAUCUCAGAGUUCCCGUGGCAUGUGGGGAUUAUGGAGCUUGGCAAUCCUGUCUGUGGGGGAUCUAUUCUCAGUGAGUGGUGGAUUCUAACGGCAGCACACUGCUUCGACCACGUCAACCAAUCUAACCUGAAGAUCAUGCAUGGCAGAGAUGACCUCACGGAGGACUUGAAGUAUAAGAAAGUGGACAAGAUAAUCAUGCACUCGAGGUUUGAUAGCUGGCUCAUGGACAAUGAUAUAGCUUUGCUCUUGCUCAAAUCCCCAUUAAACUUGAGUAUCAACACUGCACCCAUCUGCAUUUCACAAGUCUCCAACAUACUGGCAUGGGAUAACUGCUGGGUGACAGGAUGGGGCAUUACCAAUACCACUUUAGAAACCCUCCAACCCUCAAAGCUGCAGAAAGUUAAUGUGAACCUGCUCAGAUGGGAGUGGUGCUACAAUGCUUUGCCUCUAAUGACCAAGAAUAUGCUGUGUGCUGGGGCUCAAGUUGAUGGGAAGGAUGCCUGCCAGGGUGACAGUGGAGGCCCUCUGGUUUGCCACAAAAAGGAAAACAUGACCACUUGGUACCAGUUGGGGAUUGUCAGCUGGGGCGUGGGCUGUGGCAGGAAGAACUUCCCUGGAGUAUACACCAAGUUGUCAAAAUACUUGAAGUGGAUCGGAAAGAAGACAAAAGAGGCAGGAAAGCCCUAUGUAUAUGUGAAAGACUCUGCAUACUCUUCUCCAAUCUCUUGCUGGGCUAUCAUGUUCCUGUAUUUUGUGAUGUUCUAACCUGGUGAUUAAACGUGAUACUGUCCCCAA